AUGGUCCCUGUCCAGUUCUUCACAGGUGGGGCUGCUGGUCACAGGUGGGGCUGCUGGUCACAGGUGGAGCUGCUGGUCACGGGUGGGGCUGCUGGUCACGGGUGGGGCUGCUGGUCACAGGUGGGGCUGCUGGUCACAGGUGGGGCUGCUGGUCACAUGUGGGGCUGCUGGUCACAGGUGGGGCUGCUGGUCACAGGUGGGGCUACUGGUCACAGGUGGGGCUGCUGGUCACAGGUGGGGCUGCUGGUCACAGGUGGGGCUGCUGGUCACAGGUGGGGUUGCUGGUCACGGGUGGGGCUGCUGGUCACAGGUGGGGCUGCUGGUCACAGGUGGGGCUGCUGGUCACAGGUGGGGCUGCUGGUCACAGGUGGGGCUGCUGGUCACAGGUGGGGCUGCUGGUCACAGGUAGGGCUGCUGGCCACAGGUGCCUGGUGCUGGCGGCUGGCGCUGGUGCUGGUGCCUGGUGCUGGCGGCUGGCGCUGGUGCUGGUGCCUGGUGCUGGCGGCUGGCGCUGGUGCUGGCGCUGGUGCUGGUGCCUGGUGCUGGUGGCUGGCGCUGGUGCUGGUGCCUGGUGCUGGCGGCUGGCGCUGGCGCUGGUGCCUGGUGCUGGCGGCUGGCGCUGGUGCUGGUGCCUGGUGCCUGGUGCUGGCGGCUGGCACUGGUGCUGGUGCCUGGUGCUGGCGGCUGGCGCUGGUGCUGGUGCCUGGUGCUGGCGGCUGGCGCUGGUGCUGGUGCCUGGUGUUGGCGCUGGUGCUGGUGCCUGGUGCCUGGUGCUGGCGGCUGGCGCUGGUGCUGGUGCCUGACGGCUGGCGCUGGUCCUGCAUUCCGCCGCCACUCCCUUCCCCCUUUCCCUCUCCCACCCGCAGCGUUCCGCCGCCAAUCCCUUCCCCUCCUCCCUCUCCCACCCACAGCGACCGCAGCUGCACACGCGAACAGUCGCGACGGGGGAGGGGGGGGGUGACGAGCAGGGGGCCGGGGGAAUGCGACGGGCGGAGCGAGGCGAAGGGAAGGAAGAAAACGGGACGGGGGGGAAAGGGCCGCGACGACCGCCACCGUCGCCGUCCCCUUCAUUCCCGAUGCCGUCCCCCCCCCUUCCCCACUCUCGCGCAAACUCGGCAGCAGGCGUAG